UUACCUGUCUGAGGAAGAUGUCCUGGAUCAAGCAAACCCCUUUGUGCAGCUGGUGAGUGGGGUGGUUUGGCUCCUGAGAGAUGGAGAAGUGUACAUCAAUGAGAGUCGCACGGCUGAGUGUGGUGACACUCAAACCACAGGAACCUUCGACAAGUUCAUCAACGUCAUCUCUGCCAGGACUGCAGUGGGACACGACAGGCAGGGACAGCUCGUCCUGGUCCAUGUGGACGGACAGACAGAAUCCAGAGGGGUCAACCUGUGGGAAAUGGCAGAAUUCCUGAAGCAGCAGGGACUGGUCAAUGCUAUCAACCUGGACGGUGGAGGCUCUGCCACUCUGGUGUUGAACGGGACCCUGGCAAACUACCCCUCCGAGCACUGCUCCUUCGACAGCAUGUGGCGCUGCCCCCGGAGCGUGUCCACCGUGCUGUGUGUGCACGAGGCAGCCUGUGAGCCCCCUGACUGCAGCGGGCACGGGCACUGCCUGGACGGGCACUGCCACUGCUCUGGGCCCUUCUGGACAGGCCCUGCCUGCGACACCUUGGACUGUGGCCCUGCCAACUGCAGCCUGCACGGCGUCUGCACCGGCUCUGGAUGCCUCUGUGCCCCUGGCUGGACUGGCAGCAACUGCUCUGAAGCUUGUGCUCCUGGUUUCUACGGGGAGACUUGCAGCCAACAGUGCCAGUGCCAGCACGGGGGCUCGUGUGACCCUGUGCACGGAGCCUGUUCCUGCCCUGCUGGCUUCUAUGGCACCAGCUGUGAGCAUGCUGGACAGUGUUUGGCUUCCCAGAAUGAGGAGAAGAGCAAAGGAAUAUUCUCUCUGUCAGAGAGCACGUGGCUCUCCCUGAGCUCUGCCCUGGUGCUGCUGCUGCUGUUCAGUGCCCUGGGCAAUGUGUGGCUCCUGCUGAGGGCCAGGGCAGAGCAGCAGCUCCGGCACGGGGACUAUCGCUACCACCCCCUGAGGGACCUCAACGGGGAGGCCAUGCAUAGCCCCAGCGUGGCCAGCUGGGAGCCACAGGGCACCGAGGACACUCGGGACCAGGGCCAGGAGCUCCUCUAG